GGUUCAUUUCCCUCCUCUCUCAAGUCUCAGGGGAUUUGAAUCUGGAUCUGUUUUUCUUUAUUUGAAGUUGGAAAUAUUUUGAAUUUUCUUAGUGGUAAGUUGAUUUUAAAGUAUGAUGGUGAUAUGUUCCUUAUUGAAUGAACAUUAAAUGACAUGAUCUAACAACACAUUGGUCUUACUAUUGUUAUUUUUUAGUUUCUUCUUUUGCAGUUAGUUGUGAAGUUGAACUUUAAGAUUUUACCAAUUUAGUUUUGGUUGGUUGAAUGAAAGAAAAAACAGUAUGAGUAUGACCAUUGAUCCCUCUAAUUACAACACAAAAUGCAGGUGGGCUUCUCUCUCUCUCUCUCAUUCUCUCUUCAUAUAGAUAUAUAUGUGUGAUUUAAGAACUUUAAUAUAGAGAUUGAGGAAUUAUAUUUGUCUUCUUUUCUUUUUUUUUGGUUAAGAACAAAUUUUGCAAGUAAGAAGAUGGAAGAAGAAGAAGAAAAGGAAGAAGGUCAGAGAACUGUGGAGUGUUUAAGAGGAAGAUUACUUGCAGAGAGGCAAGUUUCAAGAUCUGCAAAAGAAGAAGCAGAGCUUAUUACUAGAAAGAUGGAAGAGUUGGAGCGUAAUCUGAAAGAAGAGAUCAGAUUGAGGGAAAAAGCAGAGAAGAGACUAAAGCUUCUGAUGAAGAAACUUGAAUUCAUUAAAGGGUCACGCAGUUCGGAGGGAUCAAGUUCAUCUGAAGUUUCUUGCAUAUCAUCGGUUUGCACUUCAGCCUCCAAGGAAGAAGAAGAAGAAACUCAUGAUAGUGGAGCCGUGGAUGAAGGAAAAACUGACCAUGCAACUGAAAAUGUUGCCUCCACGGAAGAAGCUGAUUCAAGUUCAAAGCUCAAAGAUGUUUCUUCUGGUGAAGCAAGUGUUGUUGCUUCAACCUCAAGUCAUAAAGAAGAAUCCCAGUUUGGUAAUGAGUUUUCUUGGUACUCAGAUGCAACUUAAGAGUUCAAGAAUCAAGAAUAUCAAUCUUUUAUUCCCUAAACAACUUUGAUCAGAACCUUUUCUCAUGGUCGAUCAUAAAGUUACUAAUACUAUUACUUUAUUAGUAUAUACUACUUUUGUUAAUCACCAGUUUAAGAACAAGAAGAAAGAAGCCAAGAUCAAAUGUGGGUUUGGAUACAGUGGACAAUGGAGAGAGAGAGAGGUGGCAUGUGAAUAAAGGGAUUGAUUAGGCUUUAGGACACAUUUGAGUUUGGUAGUAAUAAAUUCAAAGUGUUAGUAGAGAUGGGGAGGACGACACGACACACAUGACAUAAUGUAUGUCUCUUUCUUCUUGUGUUUUUUGUUAUCAAAGAACGAAAGUGACCUUUCUUGGAAAUUAGUGAUAUAGACCAAACAAAGGAAGAAGCAGUAUGUUUUUCAUUGCACUUGCAGCGAUGGACCCUGACCCUUAUUUUCCUUUACUUCAUUUCGGGUCGAAACUCACUCGGCCUAGUAUUCAAAACUUUCGCAAUGGUCAAAGAGAAUGAGUUCAAAGCUCUUAAAGUGACACUAUUUUCCCUACGGAUUUGAUCACUUAAUCUCUUUUUUUUCUUUUUCUUUAUUGUUUCAAUUCAUUUCUUC